AUGGAAGACGUGUCCCCGACAUCGUCUCUAAGCGGCGCCGUCCUGAGCACAGAAUUACAACUUGUCAAGGUGACAAGUGAGAUCCAUCCACUUGCCAAAUUUUCUAUUCAACAGUUGUGGUAUCUCCUUUUCCCUCUUUGGGCCCAGCUUCUGACGCAGCAUGCCCAUCUCUCGACCUCACUUCAUAUGGUCCAUUUACCCAUUCACACCAUUAUGUGUCUUCGUCUGCUCCAAGUAUCACUUCUUCUUCUUAUUCUUCUUCUUGUUCUUCUUGUUCUUCUUGUUCUUCUUGUUCUUCAUGUUCUUCUUGUUCUUCUUGUUCUUCUUGUUCUUCUUGUUCUUCUUGUUCUUCUUGUUCUUCUUGUUCUUCUUGUUCUUCUUCUUCUUGGCCUUUAG